AUGUGGGCAUGCUUUGGCGUCUCCUUCAUCCUCGUCGUAGCGAGAAUGUCGCCGUACGAGCUCGCCGCGGCUUACGUUCCUGAGAAAUCUUCUGAUGGGAAAACACCAAGGACCUUACCAAAGGAUUUUCGACUCCUGGUGAUUUGUAAUCCCGUUUCUGGUGGAGGACUCGGACGGAAAGUGUUCACUAAAGUGGUGAAGGUGAUGCUCGAUCGGAGUGAAGUGCCGUAUGAGGUUGUUUUCACUGAACAUGCUGGGCAUGCUUACGACGUGGGGGCUGACCUCGAUAUUGAUCGGUACUCGGCUGUCGCUGUAAUAGGAGGAGACUGUUUGUUACAUGAGUUACUUCAGGGACUGUAUAGUUCGUCGAAAACUCUUUCCACACUCGAGUUGCUUCUUUCAAGGCUCCCGUUUGCAAUAGUCCCGGCGGGAACCAACGACGGUCUGGCAAAUAGUUUGGGAAUGCCGAAUGCAUACUUGGCAUGCAAGAGAAUGUUAGACGCGAUUUAUACCGGGCAGGAUAGGCCUCUGGAUUUGUAUCAUGCAGUGAGAGAGUCUUCGAUUGCUCCGGACGAUGGUACAGAAACGGCGGCUGAUGAGGAGAGCAGAGUUAGCGAAGACCAAGGGUGCGGUGUAGUUGAUCUCACGAUGACCUGUUGGGGGUUCAUAGCUGAUGUGGAGAUGAUAACACGACGAGCACUUGGACGUUUUCCUCGGCAAGUGGGUAGAGCAAUCGCGGCUUUGGUUAGCGUUCUUCGUAUGGACGGCAAAGCUGGACAUAUAGUACUCUACUGCAAGGAACCUAUUCCCAAGGAGCUUUCUGGCUUAGGGUUGCCCGAGCCCAAGACUUGGCUAACGACAAUAAGAGGACCAAUAAUGAGCCUCACAGUCACCAACGUUAGUCAUGCCGCAGGCGGUCAAAACAUUGUUGGCAAUGAGGAGUGGCACACAUCUGGCUCUACCGUGGAUCGAGACGUAUACCUGUUCGAAGUUCAGAUUUACGGGUGA